UCUCUCUCCAUCCGUUCUCCGGUGCUCGUGGAGAAACCCCUCCUGCUCUGUGACAAGAGAGAAAUGGCUGCUGUGAGCCAGUCUCAGCCCCUUCGCCAGCUCUGUCUCUACCAUUCAUGUAGUAAAGUGGUGAUCAAUGUGAAGAAACCUCUGCAGUCCAUUCAAAUGAGCUGCAAGCAGGUGGCACUGGAGAUGUUUUCCUUGUGUUCCCAGCUGGAUAUUCUCAUCAAAGGCGAAGUGCAGCAUUUACAGGAUCAGCUUGCAGAUGAUAUAAGUAUUGGGGAGUCUGACAUCUUUCACACAUUUGGAACAGAACUUGUGGAGAGAAUGAAAGAAUGUUUAACUCACUUGCCUGAACCUAUCAUGUGCUUAGAGGAUUAUUUGGAUACCUCUGGUUUAUCUGUGCUAUUUCCCAGAGUGGAAAUCUAUAUCAUACAUGAAAGACCAGUUGACAUGUUGGAAAGUCCUCCAAUGGAUGACUACUACAUUCACAUAGGAAAAUUGAAUCAGCUCUUGGUGUUGAGCCAGCAAUUGGAAGAUGACAUCAGGCACUUGGGAAGCCAUAAAUAUGUAGCCCACCAGUUGUCAGUACUGUAUAAGGUUCUCAGUUACUUCAAUGGGUGUUUGUCUUUAGACAUCCUAAAGAGAGACAUUGAAGCCAAUUUCAAGGCAGUAAAGUCUGCUCUUGCUACCAAUGAAGGGCCAAGGCAAGAACCUCUGUUACCUGCACAUCUAUCAACAUGGUUGCUGGAUCUAACGCAGACGAUUAUCACAACAGUCUCCACUCUCCCGGAAGAACUGACUGGAGAGAUAAUGCCAGUGCUUGCCUUUUCCUUGCUGUGAUUUAUGGA